GUCUGACCGACACGCACAGUCAUUAACCGUCUGAUUUCACUCAUCCACCUGCUGCCUGCCUGGUGCCUUCAUCUAUGAUCUAAACAGGCUAUCCUGUGAAUUUGGGGAGGUGGGGCGGUGUUGGACUGGAUUCAGAUGUUCGCUGGAUGGAGGCAGGGGAGGGUUUAACUGACCGCUCGGCUCCGCUCCGCUCAUGUGACAGUCUGAUACCGUGCGGGAGGCAUGUGCGCGAUGGACCGGUGACGCGGCGGCUUUAAUGAGCCGGUUCUGCUGGAAACAAGAGGAUUCGGACUAUUCCCCUUUAGAGAACCAUGAGCACUGUGGAGGAGGAGCCGGACCACAUGAUACCAUGAAGAGAAGCCUGCAGGUCCUGCCCCACCAGCUGCUGAGCAUUCUACUGAUUCUGUUUGUGCCAGCUGGGCUGGUGUUCUCCACAGAGGAGCUUCACCCCAGCCAACCCCCUCGGGACCUUGUCUCCAUGUCCACGAGCAGCAGAACCCUUUCACCAGGGCUCUUGAGCUGGCAGGAGGGUUCCAGUACUGGGAAUCUGCACAACCAGGCGCUGGCCUCUCUAGAAGCCAUCCGAAGACCCACUGCUGUUGACUUUUUCCAGACACCGAAGACCACUGUUCCUUCUGCCAUAGUUCAGACAACAACAGUAGGGGUCCAUCACUUUGCUCCUAGAGAACAGGCACAACCAGGAAUCCCCCUCAAUAAAGCAGAAGUGCCCGAACUGACCCCUGGAAGCAUAUUCAGUAGAACAAACUCUAAGGUUUUCAGCACUAGAACCCAAGACCAGAACUUCAGCACUAAUACAGAUAAGCCGAGUACAAUCAGUAGAAAGCCAGUGAACCAAUUCGAGCCCUCUGGUUUGCUUCGUACAAAUCAAAUCAGUACUCCUGGUUUGGUCAGUGGACAGCGAGCCACAAAUUCUGGUUCGGGUCAUUCUUUUGUCUCAGGGACUGAACAUGAUGUGGCAGACACUGAAAAGAUGAGCAAACCCAUUGAUCCCAUUCAACAUCAAUCAUCACCUUCAUCCUUUUCACUCUUCAAAGCCCACAGAAGCCAGAACGUGAACAAGGUGUCUGCGCAACACACCAUUACAUUGCGUAGUUUGUCGAUAACAGAGAAUCCCACUCUACCGUUGGACACUGUGGGAGGAGCUUUGGCACAAACUUACAUACAGUCUCCUCCUCCAGCUUUAGCCCCACCUUCAAACCACAUUAGCACUGAGAGUUCAAACACUGUUGAAGUUGGCACCAAUGGAACAACCAACAUGACAGUUGAAUUUCUUAUCUCCCCGACUAAUGCCACAGAUGUUCUCAACAGCACUGACUCUUUACGGCCUGCAGCUAAUGAUUCGGACAUGUCGGAGGUGCCCUCCACUGAUAGUGGGAGCUUCAUGAACAGGCAGGUCCCAGCCACCACACAAGGCCCAUGGGGAUCCGGAAACCAGUCAGGUCCUGCACUAGGUCCUCCUCAUGAAAAAAACACCAUCUGCCUGGACAAAAUGGACAUUGUGUGGUUGGUUCUUGCCAUUAGCGUGCCUGUCUCUACAUGCUCCGUGCUGCUUACCGUAUGCUGUAUGAGGAAAAAGAAGAAGUCUGCUUCUCAGGAGAACAACUUGAGCUACUGGAACGAUGCCAUCACAAUGGAUUAUUUCACCCGUCAUGCUGUGGAGCUCCCACGCGAGAUACAAUCACUGGAGGCUGAGGAUUAUGAUGACGAUGAUGAUGAUGAAAUUGAAGAAUCAUGCUUUGGAUGCCAGUGGUGUACAGGAACAAGAGACGUGUCUGCCCCCUAAUGGUGACUACAGUGAUAGCGGUGUGGUUCUAGUGAACCCGUUUUGCCAAGAGACUCUCUUCAUCAACAGAGACAAGGCUUCUGAUAUCUAAACACAUUAUAUUAAAGAGACAAAAUCCCUGACGAUUUUUCUGUCCCUUUUGUUUGCUCGCAUUUUUAAAGAAUACAUAUAUAUAUAUCUACCAAUAAAUAUAUAUAAACAUAAAUGUGGUGAAUAUUCAGAGACUACAGUUUAUAUACAGUAUGAAACUGGUUUCAAGGAGCUGACAGAAUAUGAGGAAAAAAGAACAAAUGUGAUUUACUAUGAGCGGGAGCCCCUGCAUAUUUUUCUGAUGUGGAUUUUCUACCGACGCUUCAUUGUGAUAAGGGUUUUUAUGUCUUUUUUGAAUAAAAACAGUGUGGUUGCUCUUAUGUUCCAGUGGCUUUGGUGGUGCAGAGUGCUGAGAAACAUGUAAGGAUGCUUGUGUGACGUUACCCAAAACACUUAAUAUGAUUACUUAAAAAAAAACAAAAAAAAAAGCCUGCCGCACUUGAAUUCAGUAAGGGGAUGGAGGGGUAAAGGGCGUUGAUUCUGGAAUGCUUCUGGAAUGAGUCCAGUGGGUACUGCAGCAACCCUCGCUUCCCUUUUGGAGGAACUUGAGUCAGUUUUAUUUGUUUUGUUCGCAUUUGAUGGAGGACAAAUCAUGACUGCUUUGUCCCCUAGAUGAGUCACCAGCCAAAAUACAAAAUGACAAUUGUCCCAUAGAUGUUUCCGUGUGCGUAAAUGUCUUGUUGCAUGCAUCUUUACUGAUUUGAGGUGUAUGUGUGUCUUUGAGCUAGAUAUCAAAUGGGAUUUCAUUUCAUUCAAGAAGAUUUGGUUGUCACAAACACCCUAAAGAUUCGCUCACGUCAACACCGUUGCAAGCAAGUGUAAAAGAAUGAAUAAACGCCAAUGAAAUGCCUCAUACAAAGCCCUUUGUAUGGUAAUGCUAUCACUGUUCAUAUGUUGGAUGUGUUUGUGUUCAACCUCCAUAAGCAGGGCUAAGCAUUACACUGUAACUGUAUUAGAAAUGCAUUCUUUUUAAUAUUAAUAUCAAACCACUAUGUUUGUUUAUUUGCUACGUCAUGCUCUGAUGAAAACGGCACUACUAUUGCUUCACAGGUUGGCUAAAUAUAUAUAUAUUUUGUUAAAAGAUAUAUGUUUUUUUCCUAGUGAAGCGUGAAUGAGCGUGCUUGUGGUUCUGUCUGUCUCUGUCUCUUGUGUGAACAUUGACAACAAUAAAUGAGACCAAAAUAAAUUCUCUUCGAUUGCUUACUGCUGUAUCGUACAACUUUUAGAUGAAUGUCAAUGAUAUCACUGGAUGUAAUAGAGUGUAAUUGUUAGAUAUAAAGAGACUUACAGAGAAACUAUUUUGUUUUGUACUUUCUUUGAACACAUCGCUGAGGAUGGUUCAAUGUAAUGUUUCAAAACCAUAUCGUGAUCUCUUUCCUUUAUACAUAUCUUAUUUUUGUUCUGUAUGCUUAGCAGACUUUGGUAACACUUUAGUUUAGGUCACAAUUCACAGUAUUAACAAACUAUCAGCGAACGCUCAGAGCUUAAUAAACUGCUAAUUAGCUGAUUAUUAAUAGCUAGUAAGAUAUAAGUUGUGUUUAGGUUUUGGGUAGGAUUAGGAAUGCAAAAUCAUUCUUUAUAACUACUUAUGAACAGGUAAUAAUCGACAAUAAGCCAGUAGUUAAUAGCAUGAAUAGUGACCUAAACAAAAGUGUUACCAAGACUUUUUAUAUGUAUGUUGUUUUAUGAUCUUUUCUGUUUUGUUUUUUUAUUGUUUCCAUCUAUUUUUAUUACUUUGUUUUGCUGGCAUGAGUUUUAUAUAUGUAAGGAGAUGGAGGUAUUUGCUCAGCUGACAGGAAAAAACGCUCUCACAUAAUAUGAAUCAUGUCUAAUCUUUUUGUAGCACAAAAACUGUACUUUUUACUGCUGAGCAAUACAAAUAAAAAGGCUUUAAAGGCUU